UUGAAAGAGAAAUCCUUCUUGUCUUUAAUGGCUUUGAUUAAAUGAUAUUAUCAACAACAACCCAACAUAAAUUGACCUAGUUACACAGACCAAUCAGAAGCCUGUUAGCAAGGUUGUGUGAACGAGCAGUGACCCCCAGCGGAACCCAGAGGAGGACACCUUUCAAAAUAAAAGACUGCACUUUCUUCUGUUUGAAAGUGAAAGACUAAUAUAACUCAUGGAAAUACUUCAAACGCUUACAAUAGAUUUAAAAACGACCAAAAUGUGUUUUUAAUUGGAAUUGGAGUGAAAUAAAUAAAAAUGCGUGCAACACAAAAUGACUUGAGUUUUAACUUUGAAAAUUUUUUUCCCGGAAAACGUCGUUCCAACCUUAUCUACUUUGACACAUUUUCUGUCCUGAUGACUUCAGCGUUGAAGACAGAAAUCAGACAGUGAGUAGUAGAAAUAUUCACAGAAACCUAAAUCUGAACCAUCGGCGGACUGUCUCUGGUUUAAAAGCCACAUUAUGAGCGCGUGGAGCCCGCAGAGUGUCCGGAGACGCGGCGGAGCCUUCAGCCGCUGAUGUGUGAUUUCCACCCGGGAGCAGCAUGUGUCAUUAUUCGGAUCAUGUCUUUUGAAGGUAAACACCAAACCCCCCAGUGAAGCCGCAGCCAUGGCUUCGUCUCUGAGUUUCUUCAGCGGACCCGAGGUGCUGGAGGAUGCGAAUCACGCCCGGGGCUUGGUGAACGAGCUCAAGCUGCUCUUCGACUGUCGCCUGCUCGGGGACGUCACCAUCGGCGUCGAGUGUGAGGAGGAGCCGCUGGAGCCCGGCGGAGGGUCGACCGGCGGCGACCCGGACCGAGUGUUCUUGUGCAGCCGCAACGUCCUCGCCGCCGCCAGCCCCUACUUCAAGAGCAUGUUCACCGGCGGCCUGAACGAGAGCGUGCAGGAGCGAGUGCUCAUCCGCGGCGUGGACCCGGAGAGCAUGUCGGUGAUCAUCGAGUACUGCUACACCGGCAGGGUGACCGUCACUGAGGGCAACGUCCAGCGGCUGUACGCGGCCGCCAACAUGCUCCAGCUGGAGUACAUCCGGAGGGCCUGCUCCAGCUUCAUGACCCGGAGGCUGGACCUCUCCAACUGUGUGGGGCUGCUGAAGUUUGCAGACACCUACGACAACCCGGAGCUGAAGGAGAGCGCGCGGGCGUUUAUAGCGAGGAACUUCGGCCAGCUGUGCAGCGGUGGGGAGCUGUGUGAACUGGAUCUGCUGCAGCUCAGGGACCUGCUGUCUUUGGACGCUUUGGACGUGGACUGUGAGAGGAAGGUGUGUUCGGCAGCUCUGCAGUGGAUAGAGGCGAAUGCACCGCAGAGAAGGGAGGAUGCUCUGCAGGCGCUUAAGUGUGUUCGCUGGAACCUGUUCACCGAAAAGGACAAGUGUUACCUGGAGGGCCUCAUGGCCAGGCCUGUAAUUGAGAAAUACCUCGAAUGCUUUUUCAACAGGUCCACAGAGGACAGCUGUGGCGUGUCUGAAGCAAAGGAGGUAGCAAAACACAGAAUAGGCGUCAGUGCAAAAGAGAUGAUCCUCUUCUUCGGCCUGCCCAACGACAACAUCAUGUGCUGUGACCCAUACUCUGAGGACCUGUAUUUCAUGGCUCCCCCUUUGGAAGACCUCAGCAGUCAGGAUUACAAACGCUCCACCAUGGAGUCCUUAAUCGCCUGUGCCACACCUGAAAACAACCUGUACCUUGCCUCCCACCUUUCCAAACACUUCUGGCUGUAUAACCCUGUGCUCAACAGCUGGCAGGAGCUGGCAGAGAGACCUCUGGGGAGGAUACACUCCGGGAUGGGCUACCUCAACGGCCACGUAUACCUUUUGGGAGGAAGGAACCCAGUGACGGACACCAGACUGAAGGAGGUCGAGUGUUACAGCGUCCAGAGGAACCAGUGGACAUUUGUGGCCCCUCUGCCUCACUCUCUGGGUAAAAUGCAGGUGGUGGCUUUGAACGACCAGCUCUACGUGGUAAACAAAAGGAGAAUGCUUUGCUAUGACCCCAAGAGGAACCGCUGGCGUCACUGCGGGUCAUUAAGACGGGACAAACUUCACAAGGCCUGUGUGUUUCAGGACCAGAUCAUCUGCGUGUGUGACAUCCCCGUGGUGAAAGCCUACAGUCCCACCAGGGGGGAAUGGAAGAGGUUGGGUGACAUUCCUAUUGACAGUCGAGCUCUUAACUACCAGGUGAUCCAGCACAACAACAAGCUGCUGCUCCUCACUCAGACUUUACUGCAGCACAACAAAAACAGGGUCCUCAUCCACGAGUAUGACCCAGCCAAGGACACCUGGAAGAACGUCAUGGCAGUGUACGUGUCCACACUGGGGCCCGUGUGCGUUUCGACACGCGUGUACCCAGCCUGCCUUGGCUCGGCUCACAGCUUCUCUACAGAGGACGACGACGACAGUGGCUCCAGUGCUGAUUGGGACUUUGAUGGGUUGACAGACGCAGAUUCUGACUCUGGUAGCUCGAGCUCCUUCUCAGAUGAGAACUGGUAGUGAAAUGCGUCACUGUGUCAAAGAAAAGUUUAAGUUAUAUGCGAUUUAAAGGAUAUUUACAGGGUUCUGUCUGCAAGGGGGAGUCACAGAUCUAGAUUAAAGUCAGUAUUAAAGCCAGUCAUUGAGAGUAGGAAGCACAGCUGUUUUGAAGAAGGAAUUUUGACAUUUUUGUUUUCUAUUACAAAUCUGACUAUUCACUGGAGAAGGGAGGGGAAAGAAGCAAGAAUGGUUUCAUUCAUUGUUUUCUGUCUUUUUCAAACAGUGAGACCAAGAGCCAAGAGCGAGUGGCUUUGUUCCUCACUUUGUACUAUGAUCUGCGAGCAGGAGGGACAGCGUGACGUCUUGUAGAGUCUUGGUGCAGAAAUACUUGUCAGAUACAUAACUGUCUAAUAAAAGUCUCCUCUAUAGAGUAGAGGAUCUACCAUAAUUAUUCAGCACAUGCUGUGUAGCAUUAUUGCAGGUAUUGAGAUCAGGUCCCUGUAUCAGAUAUUAUAAUUUUUUUUUUAAUUUAAGAAAAUGUUACAAAAAAUUUGCCUCAUUAAAGGCAGUAAAGAAAGAGUCCCGGAUCUGCCCGUUUAUUUUGAUCUGCUCCAAAAUUGCAUGGGAUUCUUCCUUGAGUCAUGUCCACCCCUCCACAAACGAUUAUGGAAAGUAGUUAGAAUGGCAACACAUCAUCACCAAGACCUAACAGUCCCCUUAAAUUCAAUCAAACCAUCACAAAGAUCUGUGAAUGAUUCCCUGGGAAAUUGGUGAAAAACCAUGCUGUCUCGCAAUGUUAAAGAAAGAGAAAAAUAAUUCCUGGAUCCACACAUUUCUCCAGGUCUGUCCCAAAAUGUAAUGUGUGGUCUUUUGUUUUUUUUGGCCCAUGUCUCAUCCUUCCACCAUGUAUUUUUGACUGGACAGCUUGUCCUGAGAUACAAAAGACUUUAAACAUUUGAAACUGUUUGCACAUACAGAGUAGUACUCCCCAUAAUAAGGAAAUUGACAUGUUUGUGUUAAACCAGUGGAGGGCUCCUUUAAUGCUUUAAGACUUUGGGCUCAUGCUGUGUUAUAUUAAGACUUGAAAAUCCUAAUAACAUGACAAAUAACAUAAUAUUUAGCUGGAAUGCAGGAGCAGUCCUGCCUAUGAUCGAUGUAAAGUCGUGACUGUGACCUUUGGAACAUUAGGCAGCUCAAGUGACUCACGUUCACACUAACAGUCAUUUACAGGGCUUAAGAAUUUGCAGUAUUUCUAACGCUGAUGAUGCACAUCCUGAUGUGGCACACAGCAAAAACCACUGUAUGAAAUGUAGAAGCCAUUUUACUAUGCUCACUCAGGUUUAGGCUUUAAACAAAAGCCUGUAUGCCAUGAUUGACUUCUUUUUUUUUUUGGAGAUGUUGUGAAAUUGUGAAAGAUGUUGAUUUCAAAUUUAUUUUAAACUAUUUUAUUGUGUAUGAUUUUGUAUCUAUGAUUUUUUUUAACUUAACAUUUAUGUUACAAUUAGAAAUUGACCCACGAGGUGUUUUGAGUUGUACUGUUGAGUCCUGAUUCAUUAUUUUAUGUGAGGAAUUUUCUUCUGCAUGUCUCCAACUGUCGUAAAGCCAUUGGCCUCAACAACUGCCCUGUACACUCACUUACCGGUUUAUAAUCUGUCUUACCUCAUUGAUAUAAAUGUUGUAGACAGAAUAUUAGACACAGUGCAGCCUCCAAAAUGUUGAUUGAGUUGAGUUAAAACAUAUUUAUGAGAAUGCUGUGGUUUGAGACUAUUAGUUAGUUGUACCUAAUAAACUGGUAAAUGAGUGUAGAUCUUGUUGUUCUCUAUGAUGGGAGGUUGAAGGUGUGUGUCUGUGUAUGUAUGUGUGUGUGUUAAUUAAACAUCUGUAUCUGAUGCAGAAGAACA